AAGGGUGGAUGUUGUUUCUCUAACAAAAAAAAUCUUUUUUGACUUAUUUCUCAUUCUAUGAACUCAUUAUUUUUGGUGAACCUGUGUGUAUACUAACUGUGUUGUGGUGCAGAAAUACUUUUUCUGUAAAUUUGUGCUUUUUUUAUUACAUUAAUCACACUUUUUUAUUUACUGAUGAUUUGUGUACACAUGUGAUCGAUACAACAAGCAGCAAAUUUCAUUGUUUUUGAGGAUCACCAAAGGAUGAGGCCAUAACUUCUGCACGGGACACACGGACAGCAGGCAAGAUGGAGGAGCGCGACAACGACGAGGGGCCGGGCGUGCCCGACAUGACGAUGAUGCCGCAGAUCACCGAGCACGCCAUCAACGACAACCUCAAGCGCCGAUACAAGCACGACCUCGUUUAUACAUACACAGGAUCAAUUCUAGUCGCAGUGAAUCCGUACAAGGAGCUAGGAUGCUAUACAAUGGAACACAUGCAAAAUUAUCGAGGCAAAGCAUUUGGAAGUUUAGAGCCUCACGUGUUUGCGUUAGCUGAAUCAGCAUACAGCUCAUUACGGAACGGCGAGAAGAACCAGUCGGUAGUGAUAUCAGGCGAAAGCGGGGCCGGCAAGACAGAGACCACCAAGCUCAUUCUGCAGUACCUCUGCGCUGCUGGAGGACAGGCGUCCUGGGCGGAGCAGCAGAUCCUAGAAGCCAACACGGUGCUCGAAGCCUUUGGUAACGCCAAAACAGUCCGCAACGACAACUCCUCGCGCUUCGGCAAGUUUGUGGAAGUGCGACUGGACCACCGCGGCGGGAUCAAAGGCGCGGUACUGCGGGACUUCCUGCUGGAACGUGCUAGGAUUACGGGACCGGCGCCUAGAGAGACUAACUACCACGUGUUCUAUCAACUGGUGGAGGGAGCUAAGCACAAUGCAGAACUCCGCUCAACCCUUCGCCUGCGCGACGAUAUCCACUACAAAUACCUCAGGCCUGAGGACGAGGAGGCUCGCAAGGGCCGGCUCGAGCAAGGCAAGCUGGAGGCCCUGCAGCUCGCGCUCACAGUGCUGCAGGUGCCGCCGCACAUGUGCGAGGGGCUGUUCAAGGUGCUGGCUGCGGUGCUGUGGCUGGGGAACAUACAGUUCCAGGAUGUGGACGGCGAGCGAUCCACCCUAUCCCCCGAAGACGCAGAAGCAGUGGACGCGGUAGCCAAUCUGCUGGGUCUCGCACCACCAACCGCUCAGCGGGUGCUGCUCGAGAGGCAGAUCAACGUGCGCGGGAACGUCACCGACAUCCCUCUGCGGUUGCCUGAGGCCCGCGAGAACCGCCACGCCAUGGCGCGCGCGCUCUACUCGCGAACAUUCGCGUGGCUGGUCCGCCACGUGAACAGCUGCUCGGCGCCCGGCCGCUCGGCGCCGCGCGCGCUGGGCGUGCUCGACAUCUUCGGCUUCGAGAACUUCGCCGCCAACUCGCUGGAGCAGCUGUGCAUCAACUACGCCAACGAGAAGCUGCACAUGUUCUUCAAUAACUACGUGUUUGCGUUGGAGCAGGAGAUUUACCGCCAAGAAGGGAUAGUGUACAAUCAAAUCCAAUUCACUGACAACGCGGCCUGCUUGGAACUUCUAGAGAAGCCACCGAGAAGUCUGCUGAAAUUAUUGAGCGAACAGUGCCAUAUGCCAAAGGGUUCAGAUGGCGCGUACCUAACGAACAUCCAAGGGGAAUUUGGGGAACACCAAAGUUUUGUCAAAGGGUCCCGUCGCAAGUGGGAAGAAGAAUUCGGGGUACAACACUACGCGGGAACCGUCACUUACAGCGUACAAGGAUUCGUAGAUAAAAACCGGGAUACUCAGCAGGACGCCUUUAUCGAUCAUCUGAGUAGAUCAGCUAAUCCUUUCGUGAGGGAAUUAGCUGAUUAUGUACAAGAUCUUGCACCGCCAGGACAUGACAUGUCAUUGUCAAGCCCCAAUUCCACUGGCACCACGCAGCGCGGCACAUCCAAAGGCCGGCCUACAGUUGUAGACACGUUCAGAUGUCAGUUACAAUCGCUUGUAGAUAUGUUACAAGCUACAGACGUUUGGUAUGUCCGCUGCAUAAAACCGAACGAGAACAAAGAGGCGGGCAAAUACAACGACCAACUAGUGUUGGAACAGCUCAAGUACCUCGGCAUGAACGAAAUCGUACGAAUACGUCGCGAUGGAUACCCCGUCCAUUUGCCCGCACCACACUUCCAAGCACGUUACCGCUGUCUGCUGCCGCACCCUAGGCCUAGGAACCCAGAUGUAACAACAAUAAUGGCAGUGGUGAAUGCACCCAAAGACGAUUGGCAGAUCGGCCACACGAAGAUAUUCAUGCGAAGCUCUGUGCACUCGCCUCUUGAGGCCAAGAGGACGGGUCUUUUACAGUCUUCAGCUAUGCUUAUACAGAAGUGGUACAAGGGCUCAGUGAAGAGGCGUCAAUACAUCCAAUGGCGCAGCGCAGUGAUCGUCCUACAAGCGGCCUGGCGCGGUUGGAAGGAGCGCGCGGCCUUUUUGCGUCUACGCAGAGCCGCCAUGACACUACAGAGGCACCUGCGAGGCGCUUUUGCGAGAGAGGUCGCCGCCGCCCUCCGCGAGAUGAAGAGGGUCAACCAGGAAAUCAAGCUGAGGGAGGAGAGGAACAGCCUAGCGGAAAAAGCGUGCGCCGAGCGAGCCGAGCUCGAGAACAUGGCUGAACAACUUCGCGGUCUCGCUGUGGGCUCUGGUCCCAGAACGGAUUCCCUCAACCUGGACAACCUGUUUGACUUCCUGGCUGAUGUACCGGCGCAAAGAGGAGCGCCGGACGGCCAGCCGGACCACCAUCAGCCUAGCAUCGCGGAGAUCGGGGACUCUAUGGAUAAGCUGGCGGACGAUUUGCAUCAGGAGUUGGAGCAUGUCCUGGCUGCCGAAAUGGACGAGCUUAGCAAAUCGCACACCGAAGCUCAACGCAAGCCGGACGGCGCACCUUCCGACGCGAUCCCCCCGCCGCCGCCCUCCUCUCUCCCCCUCCAAAACAUCAUCACGCCCUCUCUACCACCUUCAAUGACGUCAUCAGUCACGAACGGCAUGUCCACUUCCAUCAAUGGGAUGUCGUCAUCGAUAACAAACGGAAUGUCGCCGAUGUCGAACGGCGACGCGAUGUCGUCGUCGCUGAUUCUGCCGCCGCCGCCGCCGCCGAUGUCCGACGGCGGGGAGGAGGAGUCGCCGGUGUUCCCGCCGCCGCCGGCCUGCUCGCUGCCCGAGCCCGCCGGACCGCCGCCACCGCCGCCGGCUGCUAAAGAUACUACACCUCCAGAGUUGACGAACGGCGUUAUACCAAACGGCAAGUUGUCGGUCAUCAACGGAAAGGAGCCGAUAUAUGAGUCGGUCAUACCGCGCGCGCCUGAACCGGUCAAAGAACCGGUUAGUGUUGCGAUGCCGCCGCCGCCGCCGCCUCAAAUGCCGCCGGAAAAUAAUGGGUAAGUUUCUUGUCUUUAUAACGAUGAACCAGAGUUAGAAGCGCCAUUACCACCGGCACCAAUCCCAGUGAUAAACCACGUGCCAAUGCCAGCCCAAAUGAAGUCACCUACGCCGCCGCCGCCGCCGAUCCCCAUGGAUACCUGCAUCAGCCCGCCGCCGAUGCUCAACGGAGAUUCAACCAGCACAGAACGCCACGCCCGACGCAAAGAGCGCGUGGAACGACGCCUCAACCAAAUGGAAGCGGCCGCGUCGCCUCCCACCAGCGCGGUCCCGCCCAUCACGCCAUCUGCAGACGUACCCAACGACCUCUCGGAAUUCGCUAAGAUGUACUUCAACGACCAUCCUCGCUCACCUGAAGGGACUAUUAUGGCGACUCUAACACGCAAGAGCAAGUCCAUGGAGGUUCUGACCAAAGAGGAGAUGAUCACGUACUAUAAAGGCAGCAGCAUCCCCACGUCGCAUAUACAGCUGCAUGACCCUGACAGUGUCACUGCGGCUGUUAACAUAUUCCGGGAUCUAUGCCGGUACAUGAGAGGCGAGCUGACUGCAGACAAGGAGACGCAAGUGAUCCAGUCGGUCAUAGCCAAGGGGCUGGAGCGCGAAGAGUUACGGGACGAGAUAUUAGUACAAUGCGUUCGACAGAUCACAGAAUGUCCAGUAGAAGACUGGGCGGAACGCAUAUGGCUGGUCCUCUGCUUAUGCGCCGUGGCGUGGCAGCCCAGCCGUGGGCUAGCGCGCCACUACUCCGCCUGGCUGCGGACCCACGCCCGCCUGCCCCCGCCCUCGUCGCCCAUGUCGCCCGCCCAACAUCCCGCUAGGGCGGCGCACUGUGCCCAGUGGUGUCUGGAUAACUGUAGAGGAGCGGCCCCAAGGCAGUUGCCGCCUAGCACUGUGGAAAUUGCUGCGAUGCGCCGCCUCGGCACCAUAGUCUGCCGGUUCUUCUUCCUCGACGGGCGCACCAAAGCCAUCGACGUUCACCCCGCCGAUACAGCGGCGGCGGCGGCGGCUCGCCUCGCCGACAAGCUAGGACUGGCACCACAGUCAAGAGCUGGAUGGGCCGUGUACCAGCAGAGAGGCGGCAAGGAAGAGCACGUCAGGGCCACGCAGUACCUGUAUGACGUCAUCGCGGCUUGGGAAAUGCAACAAGGUCCGGGCGGCGGGUCAGCCGACAACCGGUUCGUGUUCAAACGGCGGCUGUUCCGCGGCGGACGGGAACUUCCGCACGACCCGGUCGAAGUCGCCCUGCUCUAUGCACAGGCCGUUCACAGCGUCGUCAAGCUGGACGAGUUCCCAGUAUCAGAAAAAGUGGCGCUGCAACUAGCAGGGCUGCAAGCGCAGGUGUCGCUUGGAGAACCUCCACCGAGCCCGCCGCCGCCGCACACGCGCGCCUACUACUCGCAUCCCGACCAGUUCUUACCUCAACGCAUCGCUAGGGCCCGCCCCGCACAUCAAUGGGCUACAAUCCUCGCACAAGCGCACCGGCAGUACGGCGCCGGGCGCGCGGAGCUGACGGCCAAGGCUUUAUACCUGUCGUGCGUCAUGCAGUACCCGCUGUAUGGCGUCACGCUGUUCCCCGUCACUUACAAGGGAUAUUGGGCACAUGGUCCAAAUGUACUCCUAGGAGUAGGUUCAGAAGGCGUGGUCCUGGUCAGGCCGGCAGACAAGGUGGUGCUAGCGGAGUACCCUUACAGCAACAUUGCUGCACUGCUCAUGGAUCCCGUGGAUAAUGGGCUCACCAUCAGCCUCACGCACCAUGGACAACAUGACGGGCAUAGAUGUAUAGUCCUCGAGUCUCCUCAAAAGCACGAGGCGGCUUGGUUAAUGGCGGCCUACAGCCCAGUGCUAGCCAACGGUUUAGCCGACGAGCCGCCGCGCCGCGCCGCACCGGCAUCGGAACGCUCACGACUCGCUGGAGCCCUAAAGAGCGCCCGCCGAGCGCUGGUGGACUCGGGCAUGCUGAGAAGACCUACCGAACUGUCCGCUGGGAACUUCUUGAGGAAUACUUUGAGGAGACUAAGCAAGCACCGUCUAGAGAAGGUCCGUCUAGACAUGGCGGCUGAAAGCCAGGAGGAGUGUUACAAGAGCUUCCCGGCCGGCUACUGGCGCUGGUCGCGCUCGCUGCCGCACAGCCUCACCAAGCUGAACGAGGCCGAGGAGGUGGCCGCCAUGCAGAUAUUCAAGGACAUCAUGAGCCACGCCGGUCUCAGCACGCAAGAGGGCAGCACCAGCAACCUGGCCAACAACAACAGCAUCAGCAGCCAGGAGAGCGACAGCGACGACCGCGUGGCGCUGGCGCAGGCGCUGCUGCAGCGCUGCCUGCAGAAGGACACGCUGCUGUGCGAGCUGUACGUGCAGCUGAUCAAGCAGACGACAGACCACCCAGAGCCGUCAUCGCGCGUAUCUUCCCGUCACUGGGCAUUACUGUGCGCGGCCAUCGGCGCCGCGUUACCGCCUGCCAAGCCGUUGCGCCGGCUGCUACUAGCUCAUCUACGGUACCGGGGCGCGGCACUGCAUACUGGCGAAGACGGCAAGUUCGCACGGCGUGCAGAACAGGUGGCCCUAAGCAUAGCGCAAGUGCCCCGCCGUCUCGCCGCGCCCUCCAAAGAGGAACUACUAUGCGCGGCCGCGAGGAGGCCUAUGCACGUCAGGGUACUACUUCUGGAUGGAAAACAACACGGUCUGGUGUUCGGACCAGCUGCUACUGCUGACCACCUGGUCACUAUGCUGAGAGAGAAGAUUGGCUUGAAUGAAGCCGCCACUGGUUACGCGUUAUACGAAGUAUGCGCGGGCACGAGCGCGGGCGCAGGGACGGGCGCGGGCGCGGCGGGCGCAGGCGAGCGUGCCCUAGGCGGAAACGAGCGCGUUGGCGACGUGCUAGCGCGAUGGGAGAAGGCUGGCGCCACCGCUGCGGCUUGCAGGCUGGUGUUCAAGAAGCGUCUGUUCCUGGGCGAGAGACCACUACACACGGCCAGCGCGGCCGAGAUGGAGCUGCUAUACUCGCAGGUGCUGCACUCCGUGCGCCACGACCGCCUGCCCAUCGAGACCGACGAGGCUGUGAUGCUAGCAGCGCUCCACGCGCAAGUAGUAAGCGGCGACUGCAUGGGCGGCGGCGAGGAGUGCUCGGUAGCCGCCGGUGCCGUGCUGCCGCCGCGUCUUGCGCCUGCCCUACCCGCGCCCGCUGUGCGUCUGCACCAUCUGGCGUUGCGGGGGACUGACGCCCAUGCCGCCAUGCAGCGAGCGCUCACGCUGGCUGCUUCGUGGCCGCUUGCAAGGGCCACUAUCUUUGACGUCAUGCAAUCCUUCACCUCGAACUGGCCUCGCGCGCUCUGGCUAGCGGUAGACGCGCGCGGGCUGACGCUGCUCCGACGCGGCUCCCGCGCGGCGCUGGUGUCGCACGACCACGACCAGCUACUGGCCGUGUCUCCGGCGCCGCGAGCGUUGUUACUCGUCACCAGAGCUGAUAGGAAGCACGCCAAGCUGGUGCUGUCUACUGACCAGCACGACCAGUUGCUGGCCGUGUCGCUCGCGCUUCUGAUCGUUAUUAGAGCUGACAGGAAGCACGCCAAGCUGGUGCUGUCCACCGACCAGCUGGCCGUGUCGCCCGCGCUGCUGCUCGUCACCAGAGCUGAUAGGAAGCACGCCAAGCUGGUGCUGUCCACCGACCAGCUGCAGGUCGUGUCGCCCGCGCUUCUGCUCGUCACCAGGGCUGAUAGGAAGCACGCCAAGCUGGUGCUUUCCACCGACCAGCUAGCCGUGUCGCCCGCGCUUCUGCUCGUCACCAGGGCUGAUAGGAAGCACGCCAAGCUGGUGCUGUCCACCGACCAGGUCAGUGCUAGACAGUUGACAAUGCAGACUAGUUUCAGGUAG